ACUCAGCUUCGGCGACAGAGGGGAAGCGAGGUCUGCCAAAUCGGGCGGAGUCGGAAACGCGAAAGCUGAACCUUGCCUCUACUCCCUCCCUCCCCCGACGGAGGCGCACGAUGAUCGUGGAGCUGAAAGCGAGCCUGAUCUGAGUGCCCCAGAAAAGCACUGCGUUAUCCGGACAGAGAAUCGCUGCGAUUCGGGUUUGACCACAGUUCACGGAGAGAGCACUGUAGCGGCCGACCGAGGCUAGAGCGGUCCGCGUGAGAUCCCUUUUGUGACCGCCAGUCAGAGGCCAACAUUGUCCCAGUUCUCGUCGAAUACUGGGACAGAGCUAGAAGGCGCUAUCGGCAGACAGACCCCUCCAGGAAUAUCACCCUCCGGUGUUGUGCGCCGAUAUUCCCCCCCCAGAAAUGGACGGUUUCGCCGGCAGUUUAGAUGACAGUAUCUCGGCUGCGAGUGCGUCGGACGUCCAGGACCGGCUGUCGUCGCUGGAGCUGCGCGUGCAGCAGCAGGAGGAUGAGAUCACCGUCAUGAAGGCGGCGCUGGCCGAUGUGCUCCGCAGGCUGGCUCUGUCCGAGGACUCGGCCGCCGCCGCCGCCAAGAAGCAGGCCGCCACCGGCAAAGGUCAGAACCCGCUGCGCGAGGCCUACUCCAUGUCCUGCAUCGCCAACGGAGGCUCCAGUGUACGCAAGACGCACCGCGACAGCACCACCGUCUCCGUCGCCAGGAAGGAGACGCUCUCCUCAGCAGCCAAGAGCGGUACGGAGCGGAAGCGGGACAAGCCAGCCAUGGAGGGCAUCAAGGAGAAGGAGGAGCCUCCGCAGGCUAACGAUAAAGUCCCCGCGGCCAGACCCCAAACCCCCUCCAGCCACCCCCCAUCCCCACACCCCCCAACCCCCCAAAGGCAGACGCCGGAGAGCAAGGGCCCCCCACCGGCCAAAAGUAGAGGUAGCAGUGCUAAGCGUGGUAUGGAGCGUUCUCAGAGCAGCACAUGGGACAGUGGAGAGGACAGCAGGAACAAGCUGGUCAAGGCCGCCUCCACCUCCAAACUCCUGGCCAAGGUGGUGAAGAAUGCUGAGAAACACAAAGACCCAGUGAUAAGCCAAGCCAAAAUGUCCACGCGCGAGAAAAACAGCCAAGAGGGGGAGUACAUAAAGAUGUUUAUGCGUGGGCGUCCUAUCACCAUGUUUAUCCCAUCGGAUGUGGAGAACUACGACGACGUCCGCACAGAACUUCCACCCGAAAGACUCAAACUGGAGUGGGUGUACGGCUACCGAGGGCGCGACUGCCGGGCCAACGUCUGCCUGCUGCCCACUGGCGAGAUCGUCUACUUCAUCGCCUCCGUCGUCGUCCUCUUCAACUACGAGGAGCGCACGCAGCGCCACUACCUGGGACACACGGACUGCGUCAAAUGUUUGGCAGUCCACCCAGACAAGAUCCGCAUCGCCACGGGACAGAUAGCAGGAGUGGAUAAAGAUGGGCGGCCGUUGCAGCCCCACGUGCGGGUGUGGGACUCUGUGAGCUUGUCCACGCUGCAGGUGAUUGGCCUGGGUGUGUUUGAGAGAGGAGUGGGGUCCCUCGCCUUCUCCAAAGCGGACUCUGGCACACACCUGAGUGUGAUCGAUGACUCCAAUGAGCACAUGCUGACUGUCUGGGACUGGCAGAAGAAGUCAAGGAUAGCUGAGAUUAAGACCACUAAUGAGGUGGUGCUGGCGGUGGAGUUCCAUCCCACUGAUGCCAACACCAUAGUCACCUGUGGCAAGUCUCACAUCUUCUUCUGGACCUGGAGCGGUACCUCACUGGCACGCAAGCAGGGCAUCUUUGGGAAAUACGAGAAGCCCAAGUUUGUGCAAUGCCUGGCUUUCCUGAGCAAUGGAGACAUCCUGACCGGAGACUCAGGGGGGAUCAUGCUCAUAUGGAGUCGAAGCAAUGUGGAGCCAGCCCCAGGAAAGGGCCCCAAAGGGGCGUUCCAGAUCAGUCGUCAGAUAAAGGCCCAUGAUGGCAGUGUGUUCACCCUGUGCCAGAUGAGGAAUGGCACUCUGCUCACGGGCGGCGGGAAGGACCACAAGAUCAUCCUCUGGGACCAUGACCUCAACCAAGAGAGAGAGAUAGAGGUCCCUGACCAGUAUGGAACCAUUCGUGCCGUGGCUGAAGGCAAGGGGGAGCAGUUUUUGGUGGGCACAUCCCGCAACUUCAUCCUGAGAGGGACCUUCAACGACGGCUUCCAGGUGGAAGUGCAGGGACACACAGAUGAGUUGUGGGGUCUGGCCACGCAUCCGUUCAAGGACCUCUUCCUCACCUGUGCUCAGGACAGACAGGUGUGUCUGUGGAACUCUGUGGACCACACGCUGGAAUGGACCAGGCUCCUGGAUGAGCAUGGCCACUGCGCAGACUUCCACCCCAGUGGUGCUGUAGUGGCCAUUGGCACCCACUCUGGAAAGUGGUACGCACUGGAUGCUGAGACACGGGACUUGGUGGCCAUACACACAGAUGGCAACGAACAGUUGUCUGUUAUGCGCUACUCUGUUGAUGGUGCCCUGCUGGCAGUGGGAUCACAUGAUAACUUCAUUUACCUCUACACAGUGUCGGACAAAGGCCGAAAAUACAGCCGAUAUGGGAAGUGCACGGGACAUUCCAGCUACAUCACACAUCUUGACUGGUCCCCCGACAACAAGUUUAUCAUGUCCAACUCAGGAGACUAUGAAAUCCUCUACUGGGACAUUCCAACUGGCUGUAAGCUCAUCAGGAAUCGCUCCGAGUGUAAGGACAUUGACUGGGCAACCUACACGUGUGUGCUGGGCUUCCAUGUGUUCGGCGUGUGGCCUGAGGGAUCUGAUGGAACAGACAUUAAUGCCCUCAUAAGGUCUCACAACCGCAAGGUUAUCGCCCUCGCAGACGACUUCUGCAAAGUGCACCUCUUCCAGUACCCCUGCUCCCGGCCCAAGGCUCCCAGCCACAAGUACAGUGCCCACAGCAGUCACGUGACCAACGUGAGCUUCCUGCACACGGACAGCCACCUGGUGUCCACCGGGGGGAAGGACACCAGCAUCAUGCAGUGGCGCCUGGUGGAGAAGACGUCCUCCCUGGUGCACAGCGACUCGGCCCUGGGCCUGAGCGACACGCUCCUGCACAGCUCCUCUUCCAGGGGGGUGGCCUCGCUGCCCCUCACCCCGCUCACCCCCCAGACCCCCACCGAGCCGCCGCUGUUGCCGUUGACGACCAACGCCAACGCGGUCGUCACCACGCUGCCGCCGCCGCCGACCCCCGCUGCUGAGGUGGACGGCGAGGAGGCGGAGCUAGCCGGCCCCACGGCCAAUGGGAGGCAGGAGAGCUCGCCUGACUCUCCGCCACCGUCCAUUGACCCCACGCUGACGUCCGACAGCACGCUGAGCCCCAAGGACAGCCUGGAACCUAGCGAUGAUACAGCCACGCCUAGCGACGAAGGCAUGCCCUUCUCGCUGCCCUCAUAAAUUGGGACCCCCCAACCCCCCCACCACCACAGGUCCCAGACUGCCCCCUGCACCUCAACCCAACACCACGCAAACCCACCCUUCUCCCCUCUCUUCAGCUCCCGCAAGCACACACACACACACACACACACACACACACACACACACACACAUACACACAGAUACUGAUGUCACAUACUCUGAUGUCACUACAGCUCUCCAGAGGAGAUGGAUACUGCAGGGUUUUACCUUUUCAGUUGUCUGUUUCUACCACUCUUUGAUAUUGACUUGGUAGUUUGUCUUCCGGUUUUAAUGAAAGACUUGUGAAGUUCUGGAACGAUUGAAGAUAAAAAGAGAGAUAGAGAGAGGGUACAUUGUUGUUUUCAGAUUUGAUGGACUUAAUGUUUCCGAAAAAAUUUUUUGUAUGUACGGUGUGCAUAGAGAGGGACAGGAAGAAGCAUGUGACACUAACCACGUCAUAAACACACACACACACACACACAUACACACACACAUACACACACACACACACAGUCAGUCAUUAAAACAAUGAAUAUACUCUUACCAAAAUAUAGCAGUUUACACACACAAAUACAUAAAUUAGCACAGGCAAUAUAAAAUAUGUCCUUCCAGACAAUAUUUGAUUUUAAUAUUUAGAAAUUUUAAUCUCUUUCUCUUUACUAUUGACAGUCACCAUCUCCACCAGACAUGAAUGAAUUGAAACAAUGCAUGUUUUUGAGCUAGGCUAACUGGAUUAAACCUAAUCUGACUGGGGAGUUUUCAUCCAUACCUUAAGGGGCCAGUCUUGUGAAUGUGUCCCAUUGCCACGCUAAUGUGAUGAUAAUACAACAGUUCAUAGCAUUCCUACUUUGAAUGAUCAUCACGUUACACUGGGUCACCUGUAGUAUUAUAGUCCAUGAACACCAUCCACAGUCCAGCCAAGCAAAAGUCACAGUGAUGUCAACACACACACACACGAACGCACACACACACGCACGCACACACACGAGCACACACACACACAAGCACACACACACACACACACACACACACACACACAGAUGGCUUAUCUUCACACGGGUGUGAAGCUGGCUUGCCGGUCUGUCUUGCCGGUCUGUGGGGGGUCCUCAGGUCCACCCACAACCACCACCCUUGGACUUCUCUGUAAAAGGACUCGUGUUGGUCUGUGGAUACACCAGCUACUGAGCUUCCAGUUGGACUCUUGUCACCUUACCUCUUUUUUUCUUUUUCUUUUUGUUCUUGGUCUCCUUGCAAUUCUUACCCUUAUCUUUGUAAGGGUACACAAGCUUUCCUCAUUGUCAGCUGUUGUCUUCCUUUUACUUCUGUUUGUCCUGGUGGUUGGGGGUUCUCUGCUGUCUCUCCAUUUAGAAGAGGAGUGACUGUUUUUUUUUUUCUUCUUUUGUGGUUGUUUGAGUUUGUAGGUGUUUUGUGAUUAAAGUCUUAAAUGUAUGUAAGAUGCCAUUUACACCUCUGUCCACCCCCCCCCCCACACCCCCCAUCCAUCUCCCAUCACUAUUUACAGACUCACACUCAUUUACACAUACACAUCACUGACACACACUGAACGUCCCUGUUUUUUUUUUUUUUUUAAGAACCUCCAAACUCAGGAUCUAUCUGACAGGAAUACACAGCCAGUCACAGAGGAAAUGUAACUCGGAGGAGAAAGAAACAUUUCUUACAAACAUCCCAGCAUCUUGAGACAGAAAAAAGUAAGAGAAUGAUUGAAUGAGUUAGCAAGAAAAAGAGAGAGAGAGAUUUUUUUACACAUCCAAAUGUCUGUGUUUUGGAGCGAAAGAGAGAUUGUAACAUGUGUUACUAUGAUAUACUGGCAUCUGUGUUUUUGUGAAGACAAACAGAGAAGAAGUCUGCUUUGUCUUUAUGAAAUGAUGAAUAGUAUGCUAACAGGAAGAAGUGGCUAACACCAAUUUUAAUGGUCUCCUGGAGGGAUGAUAUUAUGACCGCAGGAGUGAAGAAUGUGUGCAAAGGCAUGGGGUUCUGAGAUAGAUGAACGAUAGAAAGUGCAUGACAUAGGCAUGUUGGGUUUUUUUGCCGACCAUACUAGUGUUUGGAGAGAGAGGAGGAGAGAAAAAUUAGUAUGUGUUUGACAUUAGACAAAGAAUGUAUUGGCAGAUACAUUGUGGGGCUUUCAACUAGUAAACAGAAAGAAAUGUUUUGAGGGGAAUACACACAGUGGGGUCCAAUGCACUGUAGAUGGUACCCUUUAAGACUGGGUAUUCCUCUGAUACAGGGCUAUUUACUUCCUUAAGUGGAUUUGGCAAGUCUUUCUCUGUUGUUUUGGCCGUUGUUAAAGACAUGCAUGGACAUGGUCAGUGUGUGCAGUAGAGUUGGUUCGGUGGACAUACUGUAGGAGCAGUCCAACUGAAUGUGAUGGUCGCCUUCCUUUAGCUUCCAGCAGGGUUGACCGUACAAAAAAAAACAAAAAAAAAACAUGUACAUAUGAAUCUCUCAUAUGAUUGACUUGUUUCUCUGUGUUUCUCUUUAUUGGAGUGUGUGUGUGUGUUUUUUUUUUCUCUUAGGCUCGCUAGGCUAACUUACUAGCCCACCUCUUCCCUAAUUGCUCCACUGAAGGAGCUCUCUCGCUGUCUCUCCCCUAACCAUCUCCACUCACUCUGCUCCUCACCCCUCCAACAAACUCCAGCCAUCUUCUUUAAAAAAAAAAAAAUGCUUUACUCACAGAUGCAAGGGGGUAUUUUUGAAAAAAUAAAUCUUUCAUUAUUUUCCCCCCUUAGAGACAUCAGCCAGUAGGCGGAUCAUCUCUGCUCUCUGUGAGCGCUUCCCAUCUGUGAUGUACAUUCUAGUGGUGUGGCUCUCUGUAUAUAAUGGUAUGCCUGUGUGUAUAUAUCAGGUUUUUUUUUUUUUUCUUCUUUUUUUUCCUUUCCCUGGGUGGGUAGAGAGCUUUUGGUGGGUACUGAGCACUAACUGAUACAACGUCUCUGUUAGAUCAUGUGUGCCACCUUCCCUUUCAUAACUUGCUUGUUUCGCCAGGAGAACAUGAUCACAAGCUUCUUUUCUGGACUCCAGUGCCUGUGUUCUAUUGUAACCAAGAGGCCGUUGCCAUGGUUGCCGUGGUCCUUUCAACAUCAGGGAUGACCUUAGAGACUUAUCUGUUUGUGUGAGCAUAGAUGCAUGCAUGCAUUGUUGUAACCAAUCAAAGUGCAGGUUAGCUCCCUCACAGCCAAUCAGUUCAGCCCAGAGACCUGUCUCUUUUGAAUGUUUCUCCGAUUAAUUGCCUUUUUUCUUGUCUGCAAAAAAUGGGGGUUGGGUUGGGUUGGAGGGGGUUUAUGAGCAGGUGGUAGUAGGGUAGGGUAUCUUCAACAUUUACAAGUUUUCUUCUUUUGUGGUAGGAGGGAGGGAGAUUGAUUGGUGUAGGCCUUGAGGGGUGUCUGUGUGAAAGGAAAUGCUUACAUUUUCACCAACACACACACACACACACAGACACAUGACUGCAUCACAUCUCUUUCAGGAUCCAGGAAGUUUACUUCUCUUGCCAGCUGUGUGUGUUAGUGGAUUUGUGUGUGAGAGAGAGCGAGUGUGUUUGCAUGGUGUAAGUGUGUGAGUUUAGCAGUGGGACCUGUUUUUUUUUUUGUUUGUUUUUUUUUUAAAUGGUCUGCUCUCCUCAAAGGCUUGUACAGUGUCUUUGUUUCUGUGUAAGGUGGGCUAGCAUCCAAAACAUACAACACAAAAGAAAGGAACGAGGGGAAAAAAAGAAAA